AGCAGAGCAAAAACACACAGAGAUGAAAUGUGGAAGAGUAAACAUAAAAAAUUAGAAAAUCAUACCAGGAGAUCCAACACCUAAUUAAGGGGGUUCUAGAAAGAGAAGUGAGGUUUUUUUUUUUUUUUAAUAAGGAAGAAAAUUAUCAAUACCAUCAAUCAAAUAAUUCAGAAAAUUUCCCAUUGUUUCCAGAUUGAAAGUGCCCACCAACUGCCCAGUUUCAUGAAUGAAAACAGACUCUCAUAAAGGAUCAUGAAAUUUCAGAAUAUCCAUAUUAAGGCUAUAUUGUACAACUCAGAGAAUAUAGCCAAUGUUUUAUAGUAACUAUAAAUGGAGUAUAACCUUUAAAAAUUGUGAAUCACUAUACUGUACACCUCUAACUAUAUAAUAUUGUAGAGCAAAGAAAAAGCUUUGGGGUUAAGAAACGGCAAGUUACAUAAAAGGAUAAAGAAUUAGAACGGCAUAGCAUCACAGUUCUCAACAGUAAUGCAGUCAUGGUUGGUUGAAUCCACAGAUGUAAAACCCGUGGAUACGAAGGGUCCACUGUAUUCAUUAUAUUGCACCAUUUUAUGUAAGGGACUUGAACAUCUACAGACUUGGUAUCUGUAGGGACUCCUGAAACCAAUCCCCUGCUGAUACUGAGGGACGACUAUACUAGAAACCCAAAGACAAUGGGGCAAUGCCAUCAACCUUUUGAGGGAAAAUUAUUUCCUACUUAGAGUUCUAUUUCUAGCCAAAAUAUCUUUCACGGUCUAAAAAAAAUUCUCUUCUAUGGACCUUCUCAGGAAGCUCCUGCAGGAAGCUCCAUGGAAAAAAGGCAGUAAUCCAAGACAGGGCAUUCUAGAAAACAGGAAUCCAGUAACAAGGGCAAAAGGGAGUCUUUACAAUGAGGGUGGAAGGAGAGUGGAAGUCAACGGCUGUGUAGAGGGCCUAGUGAUCAGCUCAUCUAGAUCAGAGCAUGGCAGCAGGCUCUGGGAGAGACUUCUUCAAGCAAAUGAAACAAAUUAAACUAUCUAAUAUACAUAAACUAUUGAGAGAUUUGCUAGGGAGAGUUUGGGUAUAAAUUAGUGAGAAAAAAAAACAAACCCUACGCACAUGAAAAGAAAACCAGGACAAUUAAUUAGAGGAAAAACAGUGUGCAGGAACAGAAUAAUAAUCCUGUUAACAGGGCUCAGUCAUUGACAGCUUUAUACAUUCCUGAUAGAUAAACACUGAGUACUCAUCUAACCAAAAUUACAAGUGACUAUGCUCGGAGAGUAAAGAGACAGUAAGUAUAUAUUUGAUGCAUUGAAGAUGAAGGUAGGGAGUGUUUGAAAGAAAGCUGAGGACUCUCAUCUCCCAAAGUGUUAAGUCAAAGGAUAGUAUCAAUAGAUAAUGCCUAAAAUUGAAAAAUCAAGAAGUAGCAAUAUAAGCAUAUACUUAAACGUGUAUAUAUACAUAAAUAUAUAUCCUUCUGGACUUGCUUUUGUGCACAUAUAUUAAAAUUUUAAAAUGUACAACCACUUCAAUUGUUUUAAAGUUCCUUUCACUAGAUCUAGGAACUAAAAAGACACCCUGAAAAUUACUGUCUUUCAUUCUCCCCAGGAGCUUUCCAGUUUUUUAAGAUUAGAGUGCAGGGAGGGUGAAGGGAUAUUUACUUGUUUCAUAUUUUAUAUAUUUUAAGAAAAAAUAGAUUUAAAAGGAGAAAAAUGGAAAUCAAAAUGUCCUAAAAAAUCUCUAAUGUUCUAGUCUCCUAAUGAGAUAUAAAUACUCUCUUUUCUGUCAGGCUUGCAAUAUGAAAAUCACAAGCAUCACAAUCUUGUUUUGGCCACUCUCCAUGCUAUUGUUAUCAGACGAAAGCCAGACGUCUAAAACCGAAGUCAAAUGUAAUUUCACUGCAAAGAAUUAUGCUUUGAUUCCAGCAAAUAUCAAUAAAAAUGUUACUAUACUUGACCUCAGUUAUAACCAAAUUACUCUGAAUGUUACAGAUACAAGAGUUCUACAGACAUAUUUUUUACUCACCGAGCUCUAUUUGAUUGAGAAUAAUGUCAUUAUCCUACAUAAUAAUAGUUUUGGUAAUCUCUCCAAUCUAGAAAUUUUAAAUAUCUGUAGAAACUCCAUCCACAUAAUUCAACAGGGUGCCUUUACAGGCUUAGAUAAACUAAAACAGUUAUAUCUCUGCCAAAACAAAAUAGUUCAACUGAAUCAUGAUAUAUUUGUGCCUCUAAAAAGCCUGAUACUAUUGAAUCUGCAAGGCAAUUUGAUAAGCUAUCUUGAUGUACCACAACUGUUUCAUCUGGAAUUCAUAAUUUUAUACGGAAAUUCGUGGAACUGCUCUUGUAGUCUACUGAAUUUGCAAAACUGGUUGAACACAUCGAAUGUGACACUAGAAAAUGAGAAUAUCACCAUGUGCAGCUAUCCGGAUACACUGAAGUGCUACAAUAUCAAAACAGUACCUUACAAGGCUGAAUGCUACUCAAAAUUUCCUUCAUCUAUAACUGAAGAUCUUUACAUUCAUUUUGAGUCCAUUAGCAAUUCAACAUUUAAUAGUUUUUUGAACAACUUAACAAGAAAUUCAGAACGUGAAUCUCAAGGAAAAAGCUGGACUUUUCUUGUCAGUGUGGUAGUCACUGUACUGAUGACUUCACUCCUCAUUUCAAUUGCUAUCAAAUGUCCAGUAUGGUAUAAUUUUCUGCUUAGUUACAAGCAUCAUCGCCUGGAAGAGCAUGAAGCAGAAACCUAUGAAGAUAGUUUUACCAGAAACCCAAGUCCUCCUCCACAGAUACCAGACACAAGCUCCGAAGAAACUAUAGUAAUAUUUGAACAACUACGUCAAUUUGUGGUAGAUGAUGAUGGGUUUAUUGAAGACAAAUACAUAGAUACUCAUGAAUUACAUGAAGAAAAUUAA